UUUUAGCUAUAUCUAUCUUUAGCAUGAAUCACCAAUGUUAGUUUGCUGAAAUUGUAGUGAUUGAUCGAUGAAAUUGUCAAAAUUCUAAAGUAGUAGUUGAAACUUAGAAUCCUCAAUCACAGUAGUCUGUCUAUUUGAGACAAUUUUUAAUACAAAAUUUGUUGAUCUAAAAGAGCUAAUAAGGUAAUAGGAAAAGUGUCAUAUUUGAAUUACAUAUUUGAGCUAAGGUAACAUGGUUUCCACGAUAUCUAUGGCCUUGAUCUAGUAAUGUUGGGGAAGCAAGUUUGGAAAUUGUUAACCAACCCAAAUCUAUAGUUUCUAGAGUCUUCGAAGUAAAAUAUUUUUCACAUUGGAACUUCUUGGUGUGGUUAUUGGCCACAAUCCAAGUUAUAUUUGGUGUAGUGUCUAGACUUUACGGAUGGUUUUAGAAGAAGGACAUCACUGGAAAAUAGGUGAUGGUUCGUCAAUUAAUAUUUGGACCGAUCAUUGGCUUAGUGGUAUGUACAUCCCAUGUGUACAAACACCUUAUCUUUUUUCACUAUAUCACAAAUAGUUGAUAACUUGAUAGAUAAGAGUACAAGAUCUUGGAUUGGUACAUAAGCAAAUAUACUUUUGGAGGUUCUGAUGUGAGUGCAAUUUUGAAGAUUACUUUGUUGAGAUUGAAUAAACCUGAUGAGAGGAUAUGGAUAUUUGAUGGUAGAGGAACUAAUGCAGUUAAAAAUGCUUACAUAGUUUGUGCAGAACACUUGGUCAAUAUAAAGGAGCUUAAAAUUCAAGGAGAAAUUUUUUAUGUGGAGAUUUGGGAGUAAUUGUCUCCCAAACUGAGCAAACUUGCAGACUAGAGGGGUUGUAACAUGCCCCACAGUCCGUGUCUGUUGUGAGUAAGCAACAUAGAAUUCUUGAUACUUGUACCUUGAAUGUACUGAGUCAGCAAAAUGUGUCUCUUUAGCCAAUAUUGAAUAUGCUAAUACCCGGUUGAGAGAUUUGAUGAUUUUUCUGUGUGCAGGUUUCACAUCAUAUGAUUGAUAGUCAUAUGUCCAUCAAUUUCCAGACACUAAAUGGGAUGAAACCCCAUGACAAAGUUUUUGCGCUUAUGGCUACAUAUACUCAUCUUUUGCAUGAUCUAAGUAGUUCUUCCACAACACCAUCUGUCAGAUCUACUCCAAACAAAGAUGAUGGACAACAAGAAAAACCAGAUUGUCAAGUGAAAAGAUGUCAGCAACAACCUCACCUAAUUAUUGACGUCCUCCAUGUGUGCAAAAAUGUCACAAGAUGUUGUUUAUCAACGCCCUUUGUUUGGUGGAAAAAUAUCAAGCACGUUCCCCAACAGGUUCCAGGAUGUCAGUGAUAUACGACAAGUUCCUGAUCAUCAGGAGGUGUUUGCGGAUCCUAGCCGUGAUGAAAGCUUGAUUGUUGAGCUUUUAGAGUUUAAGCCUGAUAUUGCUGACGAUGGAAGUGCUGCAUGGUUUCUUCAAGACCUUGCUAGGGAGCAGGAUGCAGAAGGAACUGUGGUUAUUGAGCAAUCAGGAGUUCUUGAAGCACCUGGUUUGAUGUAUAAUAAUAUACCGGCUGUUGUAACAACUGCAGUAGGCCAAAUGGCGAUUUCUAAGGGACGACAAGGACGGGAAGCACAAAAUAUUGUGAAAGUUUAUUUGGCUAAUUUGCGUGUUAAAGGAGUUGACACUGAUGUACUAAUCACUGCAUAUGAGCCCAUUGUUAUCAACCCUUUUAGCGAAAGUGCGGACACAGUUGGUGCGGGCAUGGCUGUGCCUGCGUCACAAGCUGGAUGUAUGUCAAUGGACGAGGUCUUUAAACUUGCUGCUACAAGCUUCAAGGUUUAUGAUUGGAGUCUUUUUGAUGCAUCAAGACCCUAAGUGUGUGUGCUAAGCAAUGUUAAAGUAUAUGGAGUUGGGAAAUUUUAGAAUUAUCAUCAUUUGGGUGAAAUUUUGAACAUAGGUGCCAUUCCCAUUUUCUGUUUUGGUCUUCCUCAUGGAAUUUUCUUUGGACAGAACUUUUUGUUUUCUUCUUCGUAUUUAUUAGUCGGUAGGAUUGUCAGCGAGAAUUAUCAUCAUUUGGGUGAAAUUUUGAACAUAGGUGCCAUUCCCAUUUUCUGUUUUGGUCUUCCUCAUGGAAUUUUCUUUGGGCAGAACUUUUUGUUUUCUUCUUCGUAUUUAUUAGUCGGUAGGAUUGUCAGCGAGAAUAUGUUCAAUUAUUUAGAAAAAUUGGUAAAAUUUUUCCUUUGAGGAGAUGCAGGAUUAGAGUUUGUUCUAAGUCUCUUAGACAUGGUAUGGUUCAUGCAUUAUUGAGUUAUUGGAAAUAUAUACAUUUUGCAGUCAAUUUUUA